AUGGCGGGCGCCGGGGACCCCGCGGCGGCGUCGCCCUUCAGCAUCUCCAGCCUCCUGCGGGAGCCGGAGCCGAGCGCCGGGAAGCCGCCGUUCAGCUACAACGCGCUGAUCGUCAUGGCCAUCCGCAGCAGCCCCGAGCGGCGCCUGCCCCUCAGCGGCAUCUACGAGUUCAUCACGCGCCACUUCCCCUACUACCGGGCCGCGCGCCGCGGCUGGCAGAACUCGGUGCGCCACAACCUCAGCCUCAGCAAGUGCUUCGUCAAGGUGCCGCGGCCCGGCGGGCAGCCGGGCAAGGGCGGCUACUGGGCCCUGGCGCCCGCCAGCGAGGACGUGGUCAUCGGGGGCGCCGCCGGGCAGCUGCGCAGGCGGGCGCGGGACGGCGGCCGCGCCGGGGCCCGGAGACCGCCCGCUGCCGGAUGGGCUUGGCCAACCUGCCUGGUGCUGCCGCCCGCGCCGGGGUGGCCGCCCUACACCGCCGCGCUGCCCUGCUGCGGCCUGUCCGGCCACGCCUGCCCCAGCCACCUCGCGGCCACCCACGUCUUGGCCUGGAGACCCCCGGAGGCGCCCGGGGACCCCCUGAGCCGCCCCCCACCUGUCUGGCUGGGCUCCCCAAACCUGGCUGCCCCCUUUGGCGUGGCCCUGCCGGGCCCUGUCCCCCUGCCCGGGCCGCCCCACGGCCUCCCCUGUCCUCCGGCGGGGCCAGCCGUGCCGACGCGCCCCAGCUAG